AUGGUCGACUGGAUUACCCUCGCCGUUCCCUUCGCCUACCUAAGCGUCCUAAUCGGCUCCCUUGCAACAUUCUCCUCCCUCUACCGCAAGCGCAAAGCCAGAAAAGCCACCUCCUUAGAACCAUGGUUCCCGCCACACCUCCAACGAGAUAUUUACUUCUCCCUCAUGCAUCUCGACCCCGCGGCCCCGAAAGAAAAAGGAAGUGGUGAGAAGGAGAAGAAAGUACCCGAGUCUGUACUCAAGGCCGCUCUCCUUCGUCGCGCGACGGAAGACAUUAGGCGCGUCAUGGCCCUGCGGAGCCAGAAGCAGGCGCUUGCUAUGUUGCUCCAGCGUGGCAGUGUGGGCGAUGAUUUGUGGCAGAGGUUCUUGAGGGCUGAGAAGGAGAUGGAGGAGGAGGUUCGGGAUGUAGUUAGUGAGGCAAACGCAUACGUCGCAGGCUGGGGCCAGACAAUCUUCCAAUCCGCCAACGAGAUGGUGAACAACGCGCUGAUCCGCGAGCGGAUAGAGAAACACCAGAAAAAGGCUGAUGAGGAGAAGGAGUGGUGGGAGAAGAAGAAGGCUAGUAUCCAGGAAGGGUUCAUGAAGGAAUUGGAUGCCGAGAAGGGCGGUCCUACUACCACAACAACCGCUGCUGCUCCGGCAAUGGCGGCAGCUGUUGUUGGCGCGGAGGCGAAAACAGUCGAACCGGCUACUACUACGACGACGACGACAUUUACAGCUCCACCUGCGCCGACGGUCACGGAGAGCGACGAGGAUGCGGUGCUUGUUGAGGCAGAUGACCCGCCUGUUCCUGCGGCGGCGGCGCAAAAGAGCCCUGGUGGCGGGAAGAAGAAGAAGAAGGGGAAGAAAUGA